CGAUUGCCGAUAAUCAACAAGAUGCUCUCCUGUGCGUCAUUCAAUAAAUUGAUUUACCCAACGGCCGCCGAGGUCACCGCCAUGGCCAGUGGCAAGACGACUCCAGUUGGGGCCAAUCUCAACUCCCUGCCACUGCCCCGCGCACCGAGCGAGACCCAAAGCGAGAUCUCGUCGGUGGACAGCGAUUGGAGUGACAUUCGCGCGAUUGCACUCAAGUUGGGCGUACAGAAUGUGGACGAUCUGCAUACGGAGCGCUUCAAGGUUGAUCGACAGAAGCUAGAGCAAUUGCUAAAGGCGGACAGCGCCAUUGAGGGCAUGAAUGGUGCCGAAUAUUUCUUUGAUAAUAUCAUGAGCACCACUGAUACAUAUGUAAGCUGGCCUUGCAGACUGAAGAUUGGCGCCAAGAGCAAGAAGGAUCCCCAUGUACGUAUUGUGGGUAAGGUGGAUCAGGUGCAACGCGCCAAAGAUCAUAUUCUUGGCAGUCUUGACUCCAGGGGCACUCGUGUUAUUAUGAAAAUGGAUGUUAGCUAUACGGAUCAUUCCUAUAUAAUUGGACGUGGCGGCAACAAUAUAAAGCGCAUCAUGGACGACACACACACGCACAUACAUUUCCCGGACUCGAACCGCUCGAAUCCGACGGAGAAAUCGAAUCAGGUGUCGCUGUGCGGCAGCCUCGAAGGUGUAGAGCGUGCCAGAGCUUUGGUCCGUCUAUCCACCCCAUUGCUCAUCUCGUUCGAGAUGCCCGUCAUGGGACCAGGCAAACCACAACCGGACCACGAGACGCCGUACAUCAAGAUGAUUGAGAGCAAAUUCAAUGUGCAGGUCAUAUUUUCAUCACGUCCGAAGCUACAUACGUCUCUGGUACUGGUCAAAGGCUCUGAAAAGGAAUCAGCUCAGGUGCGCGAUGCCACCCAAUUGCUGAUUAACUUUGCUUUCGAGAGCAUUGCGAGUCAAAUCCUUGUGAAUGUUCAAAUGGAAAUCUCGCCACAACAUCAUGAGAUUGUUAAGGGCAAGAAUAAUGUGAAUCUAUUGAGCAUUAUGGAACGCACCCAGACCAAAAUCAUAUUUCCUGAUCUGUCUGAUAUGAAUGUGAAGCCGUUGAAAAAAUCGCAGGUGACUAUCAGUGGACGCAUCGACGAUGUUUAUAGGGCCCGACAGCAAUUGCUCGGCAAUAUGCCCGUAGCAUUGAUAUUUGAUUUUCCGGACAAUCAGACUGAUGCCUCCGAAAUAAUGGGCCUGAAUAUCAAGCACGGCGUCUAUAUAACUUUACGUCAAAAGCAACGACAAAGCACAUUAGCCAUUGUAAUCAAGGGCAUUGAGAAAUUUAUCGAUAAAAUCUAUGAGGCGCGCCAGGAGAUUCUCCACCUGACUACGCCCGCCAUCAAGCCAGAUAUACCCGAUUAUUAUUUCAUGCCAAAGGAUAGUGAUGUUAGUCUGGCGUAUCGAUCCCAAUUGACUGCGCUAUUGGCCGGUUAUCCGGAUAGUCCGAAGACGCCAUCGCUGUUGCCGCCCACAAUGGGCGGACAGUUGACGCCGUAUGACAACAAUGGCAAGGGUCACAUGCUGCUCGGUGCAGCUGGCCUGGCCACGCCCACCGGCAUAUGUGCGCCCACACAGAAGUAUAUGCAGUUGCAUAACAGCAAUUAUCAGCCCCGUCCGCUGUCAGCCAUCAACAACAGCAGCAACAACAGCAGCAGCAACAACAACAACAAUAAUACAACUGCUACCAGUAAUAAUAUUAGCAACAACAACAAUAAUAACAACAACAACAACAUCAAUAAUAAUAACAACAACUAUCUGCAAGUGCCCGGAGCUGGUGGUUUACUCAAGCCCCCCGCAAAUUUGCCGCCCACCAUUAGCGUAACGGGAUCCAUCAAUCUAUCGCCUCGCAAUAGCUGCAGCCAAAAUACGAGCGGCUAUCAGAGCUUCAGCAGCAGCACCACAUCAUUGGAGCAAUCGUAUCCACCGUAUGGCCAGGUACAGACGACCGUCUCCUCGACAUCAUCAUCGUCGGGCGCCAAUCGGGCGCACUACUCGCCGGACUCCACCUACAGCAGCGAGGUGGGCAGCAUUGUGGGCGCCGCUCGACUCGGCCGCCGUCUCAGCGAUGGCGUCUUGCUUGGAUUGAGCAAUGCGACUAAUGGCAUUAACAGUGGCGGAGCACAUCUGUUGCCUGGCAGCGCCGAGAGCUAUCGUAGUUUGCACUACGAUUUAGCAUCGGUUGCUGGCAAACAGCAACAACAACAUCAACAACAACAACAACAGCAACAACAACAGCAACAACAACAACGCGCAUUUGAUUUUGAUAUGAAACGCGCACUUGGCUUUAAGGCCAUGGAACGAACUCCGGUGGCAGGUGAGCUGCGUACCCCGACCCCCGCCUGGCUGGGCAUGGGUCUAAGCCGCACCUCACCGGCCCCCCUCGAAACGGUCGAUGACGGGCUCGGUGGUGUUAAUGGCUGGCGAAUGCCCCUGCCCCCACCCGGCCUGGGCUCACCCUACGGACUGAGCGCCACCACGGGCCUGCUGGACGCAACGCCCGUCAGUCGCCGAAUGCAACUCUCGCAACACAAGGAUAUACACACCCUAUUGACAAGCCUCGGCCUGGAGCAUUACAUCAGUAAGUCAAGUCACAU